CUUCUUGACGCUCCCUUUUUUGCAACGGUUCCGAGUACAUUGGAAAAGGGAAUUAGACGUUUAGACGGAAAUACCCCGUCGCUCCAGACAUAAUCCAAACUUCUCUUCUUUUGGCUAUCCUCUCGCACUACGGUCUUUGUUCAUUAGUGCGCUCCCACACCUAUCUCACACCUCUCACCAUUCGCAUUCAGGGCGCAUCCUCGUUUCCUCAGCACACACAAUGAGUUCCAAUACGACCAAGCCUGGGGCUUCGACGAAGCCAGGCCAAGGCAAUUUCUCAGCCGGCCCGCCGAGUAGUCACGCUUUGCUGUUGGAGAAACUGAAUCGGAGGUCCACACCCGACUCGGAAGCUCUGGCAAGCUCGGACGACGAACCCGAGAACCACCGUCAGGAUGUUCUUCCUCCCCCGGUCCAGCCCCCGCAGCCGGUUCGCCGGUCAUCUUGGCUGAACGAUACGUCCCAGCAACCUCUACCCCGCCAGGCCCAGAGGAAGGGGUCCUUCGCCGGUAACUCGAUGUCUCCAACAAGCUCCCACCCAGGUACCCCGUCCGGCGAGACGGGAGUCGCGGCUUGGGGUUCUCACCCGGCCAGCGGCGGAGUUCUUGGACGGCCUCACCCGGGCGGCGCCUCUUUCUCGUGGGGAACUGGCAUCUGGAAUAACGAGAGAAAGGAACUCCCUUCACGUCUGACGGAGGUUCUACCCUCGCCCACCUCCAUCGUUGCGCCUGGAGGCUCCAACAGCUCGUUUUUUGGUGGUGACGUCGGUGUGACACAAACUUCGCCCGCGCCGAGAGACCCUCCCAGUUCACAGAUCCCAUUCGCAAUUCCGUUGCACCCGACCCCGAAGACAUAUCGCUCUCAGUCCUACUCCGUGGGACAACUUGAACCCGAGGCCGUCGCCACGAGUAUGGCUCCGCCGCCAGUCAUGGGCACCCGUCGAACCAUGGGGCACCCCGGCCUCCAGCACCGGCCUUCCAGGCCAAGUAUGCUCAGCGAGAUGUCGAAUGACGGCAACAUGUUGGGAAAAGUGAACGAGGACGAUGACGACGACAGCAGCGGUUCCAUGCAGGGAAGCCAGCAUCAAGACGCGGCGAAGACGAUCGAGAUGUUGACGCGGGAAAACCAGAUGCUGCGCCAACAGCAGCAAUACCAUGCGCGGCUUCGUCCGAGGGCCUCGACAGCGAGCGCUUUUGGCCUGAACUCGAGUUAUAUGCAGGAGACGGUGCCGGAAGAAUCCGACUACGCGGUCGACGAGCACGACGAACUGAACGACGGUUCUGAUGCGGCGACCCGGAUGGGUCUUCAGCGGAGGAUGAGCGAGUAUGGCGUCGGUCCUUAUAAGAGCCCCUACAUGGUUGAAAACCGCAAGCUGGAAAAUGUCAAGAAGGCGUUCUGGCAGAGCUCACCCGGAUUUGGCGGCCUGGGGGAUCUCCCCCAAAGCCGACGGCACUCGUUCGCAGAUGUUCCCACUCGACAAGGUUCGAUCAGCUCCAUGGGAGGAGACGCUGCCCAAGCGCACGAAGCGGCGGCCCAAGAUCUUGCCCUUGCCCAUGAUUUCUCGGCUGCGUACCCCGAAAACCACAGCUACGCCGUCAACAACCAAGUGUCGCCCUACUUUACUGGCGCCGCUGGCCUCGGCAGUGCCCAGCAAGGACUCUCCCAAGCUGCGUACGGCAGCCACCUCCCCUCUCCCUACGCGGGGGUUCCCGGGUCUUAUUCCCACCGACCCACUUCGCCCCAUCGCAGCAUGUACGGCAUGGCCCAGCCGCGGCACAAUCAGUCGCUACACAUCGUGGUCUUCAAAUGCCAAAGGGCCGAUGUCUUCUAUAUCCAGGAGGGUACUGGGCUAACAGUCAAACCGGGCGACCUGGUGAUUGUGGAGGCUGACCGGGGUACCGACCUGGGCACGGUUUCACGGGAUAACGUGGACUGGCAGACUGCGAAGGAACUCAAAGAACACUACGCCGAGGAGCAGUACAGAUGGCUCAUGAUGUACUCGCAGAAUGCUGCCGCGGCGCACGAGGGCGCUGGCGCUGGACUCAUGGCAGCGGCCAACGGUCUCCAGGGGAGCGCGGUCGGCGGCAUGGGCCCGCCAAGCCAGCACCACCAUAUCCAGGAACCCGGUUCUGGCGAACUCAAGCCCAAGUUGAUCAAGCGCCUUGCCCAAAUGCACGAGGUCAUUGCUUUGCGAGAGAAGGAGGGCAACGAGGCCAAGGCGAAGCGGGUAUGCCAGCAAAAGGUCAAGGAACACGGCCUCAACAUGGAGAUCCUCGACGCCGAGUUUCAAAUGGAUUGGAAAAAGCUGACCUUCUACUACUUCGCCGACACGUACAUCAACUUCAACUCCCUUGUCACCGACCUUUUCAAGAUCUACAAGACACGCAUCUGGAUGUCGGCCAUAAACCCGGCGUCGUUUGCCAGCCCUACCAUAGGGCUUCAGGCGCCCAGCGGCGUCGGGCCUGGCGCGGUGGUAGACCGAUCGACAGCACCGGCACGCCGCCAGGAGCCGCAGCAAGAGCCGCAGUCUGCUUACUCCGGGUCCAGCCAGGGAGGCGCCGGCCUCCAGUCAUCGUUCGCGGCACCAUUCAACGCCGACCGCGCGGUGGCCCCCGGAUCGAGUUACCCAGCCACCAACUACCCAUAUCACCCCUACGGCGCCUUUGCCAAUACGGGUAGAGCAGGGGCGAUGCCUUACCCCCCGGGUAUGGGUCAAGGGCCCGAUUCCUUUACCGGCACCUUUUCGCAGACAGGAGAUUUUGUUGGGCGUGCACGCUACCCGAGCCCACAAUCUGCCGCCAAUGCCCAACAUGAUCAAACCAUACCUUCUCUUGGGGCACAUGCAGACAUGCUUGGGUCAUUCCAAGGUCUGUCACUGAACUCCCGGUAGAAAAUGGACGGCCGGCAUUCGCACAUCUGACGCAUCCUACCCUUCUUCCUUGUCGUUUCAACCUCGACCUCUCCAACUUCAUCCAACUCUCUUAUCCUGGAAACGCGAUACAGAAAAGAAGACCAAUGCACAAAAGAUAUACAUAUAACGGACGACCUCU